AUGAAGAAAAGAAAAUUAGUAGGUAAUUUUAUUCUAUUGAUCUUCUGUUAUCUCCAGGUUUUAUACCCUCUACUUAAGGUACCUAAUAAGAAUAGAUUGAGUAGUCUUGAAUUAGAAACAUUUUUAAUAUUAUCAGAAUCAUCUACUUCUAUUAUUAAAAAUCUACCAAAAGAAUUCUUUUCUAUAUAUAAGAAAUCAAAUGGGACACCUCAGAGUAUGUUUACAAAUUGUCUUGAAACAUUUAUUACUUUAUUAGAUAUUAAAGACUCCAAACUGGAAAUUGAGACGACUGUACUUAAAAUAUCCGAAGAUUUGUAUGUUCCAAUAACAAAUUUAAAAGAUAAAUAUCAAGUGAGAAAUAUAUCUAUUUCAGAAGCUGUAAAAUAUUUUUGUAUGAGAGCUAUAUCUAUUUUAUUUUCAAGAGAUAAAGUAGAUUUAUUUAUUAAAAGGUUGAAUUCAGAAAGUUUUCUUUAUAAAGAGGAUUUAAAUAAAGAUUCAAACUAUAUAAAACUUGGUGAUUAUGCAGCUGCUGUUAAAGCUAUAAAUAUGCUAUUCAAAUAUGAUUUAGAUAAAACUAAUUAUAAACGAACAAACAAGCAAUAUAAAAGGAAAGAAAUGAAAUUACCUUUAUAUGAAAGUAGAUUAAGGAAUAGAAUAGGUACUAUUGUUCCUGGUUCAAAGAAUUACUUAGGGGUUCCAAAUGAAUUACAAAUAAUGAGUGAUAAAAUUAAAAUAAACAAAGAGAAAAAAAUGUCUUUGGAAAAUAUGGAUGUAAAUAGAAGUAUAGAUUUGAAAAAAGAAGAAUUAGUAGCUAAUGCAUUAAAAAGAAUGAAGAGUCUAGAUAAAGUUCCAAAGGCUUAUAACAAAUCAUUAAAUAAAUAUCCUUUAAAUUUAAAUUGUAAAUGUGAGAAGAGUACAAUUUGUGAGUGUAAUCUUAUGGAUAUUUAUGGUCAAACUCUUGGUCUACCUAUUUCUCUAGAAUUAGAAAAGGAAUUUUUUACUCAUUAUCAGGUUAAAAAUACUAUGAAGAAUAAAGUAAAAGAAGAGAUUGCAUAUUAUAAAAAAAUAACAGAUCCUACUUCAGGGGAAUUUAGAAAAUCUCUUAAAAGUCCUAGAUUAGAUGUAAUAAUCCCAGUUUCAAGUCUUUCUAGGAUGCAAAUGCAAACUUUGGAUCAAUUAGCAGGAUUAGAUGUUGAGACAGUACCUGAAAGAGUUAAAUCUAUUCCACCAAUUAGAGAAUCUGAUAAGAAGAAAUAUAGGGGGAAGAUAGAACCUGUUCCUGUUAUAGAAGAUCUAAAUUUUCUCUCAAUUUCAAAUAAAGGAAAUAAAGAUUUAAAGUUUUUAUGA